GUUCCAGCACAGGUUAAAGAGCUUCCGUGUCCAGAACACCGAAAACGCGGCGCGCACGCGCGCCAAGGAGUUCGGCGACGGCCCCGCCCCCUCGCCUGCCUCGUCCCGCCCCUUCCGCGCCUUUUGGGGGUGGGGACAGCGCGGCUUCCGCCCGGAGCCUGGAACCGAGCCCCGGAGCCGGGGGCUGGGCGCCAGUGCCCACUCCGCCAGCUCCAACCUGCGGACGGUUCCCUGUCUCCCGCGCCCCAAUUUCGAUUUUCAGACCCAACUCCUACAGGAUUCUGAGACCCCGGCCCAUCUCCCCGCAUUCCAUUUCCAGCUGCAAAUUACUGCAGAGUCUGAACCCAGGAAAGAAGCCGAUUUGCCGUCCCCCCGUCUUCCCUCGCCAGACAGGUGGAGGGUGGGUGAGGGUCUCGCUCGGCUUUCCCCCUGCACCUUUCCCACCCUCCCGCCCGUCCCUGGGGGUCCUCCGUCACGCCGGCCAUGGCCCAGAAGCCGAAGGUGGACCCCCACGUCGGGCGUUUGGGAUACCUGCAGGCGCUGGUCACGGAAUUCCAGGAGACCCAGAGCCAAGACGCCAAGGAGCAAGUCCUCGCCAACCUCGCCAACUUCGCUUAUGACCCCAGCAACUACGAGUAUCUGCGGCAGCUGCAGGUCCUGGAUUUAUUUCUCGAUUCGCUGUCGGAGGAGAAUGAGGCCCUGGUGGAGUUUGCUAUUGCCCCUUCUUCAUCUCUAAAGGACACUGCCCACCAGGCAGAGGGACUUCAGGAAGGUCCCUGCUACUGCGGAGGGUGCCCAAGCAGCUGGAGGCCUGUGCAACCUGUGCCCAGACCGGGCCAACAAGGAGCACAUCCUGCAGGCAGGAGGCGUCCCACUCAUCAUCAACUGCCUGUCCAGCCCCAACGAGGAGACGGUGCUGUCCGCCAUUACCACGCUCAUGCACCUGAGCCCGCCGGGCCGCAGCUUUCCCCCGGAGCUGAGCGCCGCGCCUGUGGUGCAGUGCAUGCUUCGCUUCUCCCUCUCGGCCAGUGCCAGGCUCCGGAACCUGGCGCAGAUCUUCCUGGAGGACUUCUGCUCCCCGCGCCAGGUGGCCGAGGCCCGCAGCCGGCAGGCGCACUCUGCCCUGGGUAUCCCACUGCCGAGGAGCAUGGCCCCACGGCAGCGCUGAUCCACGGGGACCGCGAGACUGUAGCACCCCUCCUGCUGGAGACCACGGUCCUGAUGUGGACGCAGGGAACAGGGGGAGCAUAUGCUGCCCCACUGGUGCGUUUUCAGCCAUUUGCAAGGCGGGUUCUUUCAGCAGGACAGGCAUUUACACUGUGAUGAAACGCCAUCCGGAGUGAGGAAGCCAGACUCGGAGGCACGCGGAGAUCAAACUGGAGCUGCUUUCAUAGGCCGGCACUCUCUACCCUAUGUCUGGUGCCACCACUGCCAGGCUCAGGCCCUGGUGUAAGAAGUGGCCAAGUGCGUGGACCCAGAGGCUUCGCAGUACAGUGUUCUCAAGAGCUGGGACUGAGGCUUAGGAGAGCUGCCUUUGCUGCGGGAAAUCAGGGAUUAUCCCUUAACAGAAGUGUCUGGAGUCGUUUUCAGGGAUAGGAAUGAGAUGCCUCAUGGUAAAAGGAUCUCACCCUGGGAAGAUGUGGUGCCCCCUCCGGGGCUGUGGAGGAUGGAUACCUCCCCCAGGGGCUCUCCAAGCUGGGCAUUUGGGCCUGGUGGAUGCCAACUUGGAUAACCUGUGACCCAGCAUUGACUGUCCACCCAGCCCUGCUAUCUGCUAGGCACUAUGAUUCCAAGAUGAAGAUAUGGUCCCUGCCCUUGAGUGACAGCCCAGUGACUUAAUGUGGCCAUUGGGCAUCAAGCACAAGGCCAUGCAGGUGAUAUGUCGGAGUAGAGGUGCCAGCCCUGGGAACUGCAUCUUGUCCCCUUGCCACCCCACCGCCCCGGCUGAAAGCUUUGGCCCUCCUCCUCCCCCACUUGCCACCCCAUGGUCCCCUGACUGAAAGCUUUGGCCCUCCUCCUCCCCCACUGGCUACCCCACGGCCCCACCUGAAAGCUUUGGCCCUCCUCCUUCCCCACUUGCCACCCCAUGGACCGGGCUGAAAGCUUCGGCCCUCCUCCCGGACUCGCUACCACAUGCCCCUGGCUGAAAGCUUCGGCCCUCCUCCUUUGCUGUCACACUCAGUGAUGGGGAGCCCUACCCCAGAAGUGUAUCGCAUGAGGGAUGCAGUGAAAAUGGUGCUCAAGGGAGACAGGAAGAGACAGCAACAUAAAGGAUGUGGCUCCAUGUCCACGGUGCCCCCGGUCAACAGAAGGAGCGUGGGACCUGAUGGAAAGUUACUCAGGGAAAAUGGGGGGUUCUUGCCUCUUGUGUACCCCCUCAAGGCUGACCCCUUAGAUGGCCCAGGAAUGGCAGGUGCUACAAGGAUGGUAUCUACAUGGGCAUGGAAAUGGGGCAGAUUCAGGGACCACUGGGCUGAGGGGAGGGAAGGGUUCAUCCACCCAUCCAGGGAGCUUGUCCCUUUAUGUUCCCAAAUAAAGGGUCCUAGAAGACUA